AUGGCGGCUGGAACAUGGCGAGACGGUGCAAGGUUUUGCGAGAUCGCCAAUGAAGCGGAGAAGAAAUCCAAGGCUGGCGAAGCCGGAAAGCUUUUUGGGCGGCUCCUCACCCCAGAGGUGGUGGAAGAGCUGCAUGCUGCAUUCAUUUGGGCAGAGGACGGAGCCAUGGAUCCGUUGGAUGGCUGGAAGCGGUUUUGCAGCAUGCUACAGGAAACCGAGAAGAUCCGAGGUGCCAUAGACGCGCCAUUGAGAGACACAGGAGAGAGGGCCACUCACCGGGCGGCCGAGACGGGCAAGCUGCAGAAUUUGAAGUGGCUUCUGGACAACAGAGCAGACAUCAACGCGACGACGGCUCCCGCUUUGGAGCUGUCUCCCGCCGGGGAUGUGUCCCUGGGCCUCACACCGGUGCUGGUGGCAGCGAGCUUCGGCCAGACCAAGGCCCUGGAGCUGCUGGCGUCCCUGGGGGCGGACCUGAACCUGGCGCGCGCGGACGGCGCCACGGCGCUGGACUUGGCGGCGGACAAGGACCACGCGGAGACGGUGUCCUGGUUGGAGCAGAACGGAGCCGUUCGCGGGCUGACGUGA